CCUGCUGAGCCAGUGGGAGCCGUGCUCAGCCGGCCCCAGCCAGCGCCAGGGCUCGGAAACCCGCUCCGGCUGCAGAGCCUCCACAACCCGGUCCUGCCGCCACAGGAAACCCCGACCCCGCUUGGCACCGGGCAGCGAGGAGGCUGCAGGCAGUGAGGAGGCUGCAGGCAGCAUCAUCUGGCACCAGGAGAGCUGAGCCCUCCAGGUCGGGUCGUGCGAGGAAGCAGAGGGACAGCAGUGUGCUGGAGAUCUGCGUGGCUCCCUGCGAGCGGUGACGUGCCUGGCUGGAUCUCCGUGCCACGGGCAGAGCUCGGGAGGGGUUCGCAGCCUGCUCCUUCCCCAUCUCGUCCCAGCUAGGCUUAGGCCAUCAGGGGAGAAAGAUCUAGCUCUGUGUGUUGUACUGGUGUUGUACAGCGGUGGGCCUGAUACCAGGGCUGGGUAAAGCACCAUCUGUUUCCAGUUUGGAGCAGAAACUGUUUCCGUAGCUGUUUGCUUCUUCUGGCAGGCUUGUUACUAUACUUGCAAAAGCCAACACGAUAACAUUGAGAGUGACUUGGGAGCAGAGGGCUCUGCAAAGGCAACGCAUCCCAUCAAGAUGAAGCAAGGCAGCUUGGCCCUUCAGCAAGGGCUCGUGUUUGCAGGGUGAUAAGUGAGUUGUCACCGGCCGUGCGAUUUGUCACCUUCCCUCACAGAGGAGGUGUCAUCCCCCUGAGACAACACGCUGGCGUUGGUGUCACGCAGCCCAAGGACCAUGCAUCGCUCUUGAGGGUGGAUGUGCUCCCUGGGGGGCUGAAGUGCCUCUCCCGAGACGAGACCCUUUGGUGAAAUCUCCCCUGUCCUGCAUCAGCCAGGGCUGGAUUUUAAGGAACUCUCCCAGCCUUAGCUUUUCUCACUCCACGGUGUCUUGCUCGCUCCGGGUCUCCUGCUUGCCCGAAGGAAAGCAUCGUUAGAGCCCGUCCUGCAAGUCGGUGGUGGGUGGGAGCACAGGUCUGCACGCAGAGAAGCAGCUGGAGGCCCGCGCUGUACUUUGGAGCUGGAAGCUGCCUUUCUCCUCGCCUCCCAUUGGGUAUGCUGCUGGCCUCCUGUCUGCCUGCGGUCACCAGUGGCUGUGACGCUGUUCAGCGCUAAUGGAUUUCAAACCCCAUGUCUCCACUGAGAGACAGCUCUACUGAGAGAUGUUGAUUCCAGUGCUUGGGAGUGGCUGUGCGGACAGGACCAGAGCUGUGAAUUAGAGAACAUUUAAUCCCGUACUUUGGGGAUGGUAAGUGCUACGCACCCCGCUGCUGAAAGCCUGGGGUGAGGCAGCGGCUACACCCACCCCAUCCUGAAGUGGAGACUUCCUGGAAUAUCCAGUCAAAGACGGAGAGCACGAGAGCACGAGACUUGCUGGGACCUGUGCUGACUCUUGCCACACAAGAUGACAGCGAGAGACGGGCCCCAAGAUAGGUACAAGGCUGUCUGGCUGAUCUUCUUCAUCCUUGGCCUGGGAACGCUGCUGCCAUGGAAUUUCUUCAUGACCGCCAGGAAGUAUUUCAUCAGCCGCCUUGCGGACCCAGAGAUGAGCCGCUUCUGGAACCAGACCAGUGAGGCUGCCUUGUCCCCCUCCUACCUGCAGUCCAUGUUUGACAACUUCAUGACUCUCUGCGCCAUGGUGCCCCUCCUCAUCUUCACCUGCCUCAACUCCUUCAUCCACCAGCGGAUUCCCCAGCAGAUCCGGAUCUUGGGCAGCCUGGUGGCCAUUGGGCUGGUGUUCUUAGUCACUGCGAUCAUGGUGAAGGUCGCCAUGGAGCCUCUUCCCUUCUUCGUCUUUACCAUGAUCAGCAUCGUCUUCAUCAACUCCUUCGGCGCCAUCCUCCAGAGCAGCCUCUUUGGGCUGGCAGGGCUCCUGCCUGCCAGCUACACAGCUCCCAUCAUGAGCGGACAGGGCUUGGCAGGCACCUUUGCUGCUUUGGCGAUGAUCUUCAGUAUUGCCAUUGGCGCCCAGCAACCUGAGAGCUUCAUUGGUUACUUCACCACGGCCUGUGUGGCGAUCGUGCUGGCAAUCUUCUCCUACAUCCUUCUGCCUCGCAUGGAUUUCUUCCGAUACUACUUCAUGAAGGACAAGACAGAGUACCGUGUGUACAAUGCAGAGCUGGAGACCAAGAGAGACCUGAUUAAGAAAGACGAGCCCAAUGGGAUGGAGCAGAAUAACUCAAAGAUCAUCCCUAUCCACAACCCUCACGAGAAGCCCUCGGUCGUUGCUAUUUUUAAGAAGCUCUGGGUCAUGGCUGUGUCUGUCUGCUUCGUCUUCACUGUCACCAUCGGCGUCUUUCCUUCCGUCACAGCUAAGGUGUCCACUGUCCUCGGAGAGGGAAACAGAUGGGGUCUCUACUUCAUCCCUGUCUCCUGCUUCCUGCUCUUUAAUGUCUUCGACUGGACAGGACGGAGUCUCACUGCCCUCUUCACAUGGCCCGGGAAGGACAGCUGCCUCCUGCCAGUGAUGGUGGCCCUCCGUGUCAUCUUUAUCCCUCUUUUCAUGCUGUGCAACGUGCAACCCCGUGACUACCUGCCUGUCGUAUUCUCUCAUGACGCCUGGUACAUCAUCUUCAUGAUCUUCUUCUCCAUCUCCAACGGCUACCUGGCCAGCCUUUGCAUGUGCUUUGGGCCCAAGAAAGUGCUUGCCCACGAAGCAGAGACAGCUGGAGCCGUCAUGGCCUUUUUCCUGUCGCUGGGCUUGGCCCUAGGAGCUGCCGUCUCCUUUCUGUUCCGAAUUCUCAUCUAG